GUUUGAGUUUGAUUAUAAUGGUGAUAUGGUGAUUUAGGUAUUUUGAUAAGUUCUUCAUGAAUUGCAGUACUGACCACUGAUCAAACGUGCUAUUAGUAAUACUACACGUUAUUAUAAUACGUGUAGAUACAUUUAUUUUGCGGUUUGCCAUUUGGCAAUUCGCGACAGUUCGAAAUGGAGUAUUGCCCACCGAACGUAACCUUGACGGAGAUAUGGGUAGACCAUGGAAUAUCACAAUGUUUUAUGGAAACAGUUUCUGCGAUAUUCAUUGGAGGAUUUCUUCUUGUAUUUGGGUUAUUCCAAAUAGUUAUGUAUAAGAGAUAUGCCACUGAAGUGGUAGAUGUUAGGUCUUCUAAAUGGUUUGCUGUACAAUUAUUUUUCACACUAUUUGUACCUAUUUUAGCAGUGAUAAGGUUCCUGUUACAGGCACUAGUGUUUAAGGGAGGACAUAUCUAUGGCUAUAUGAUUGUAGCUCUGGUAGUGACCCUUGUUGUAUUUCCGCUGUCAGCUUAUUUAGCUGUUUUAGAAAAACGCUAUUUGUUACCUUCUGUACCUCCGAGAGGUCAUGGUUUUGUGCUACUUGUGUUUUGGGCCAUGAUAUUUGUAUCAGAGAAUCUAUCAUUUUUGAAUCUUAACAAGGAAGGAUGGUGGUGGCAUCUGAGGAAUCUACAAGAUCGCCUAGAGAUGUCGCUUUUUGUGGGACGUUACGUAUCGUGCAUGAUAAUGUUCAUACUUGGAAUGAAGGCUCCAGGCAUCAUGCACCAAUUUGAGUGUUUAGAAAAUGAGGAUGGCCCCCGCAGAAACUUGCCGUCUAGGGAUGACAACAGGUCGACGUUCCGCAAUGUUUUUGGAAAACUACGCACACUGCUGCCGUUCCUAUGGCCCCGAAAGAGUGUGCAGUUACAGAUUUACGUACUAAUAUGCAUCUUGGCGCUGGUUGCUGGACGCGCGGUCAAUCUUUAUGUACCGAUUUAUAACAAGAAAAUAGUGGAUAGUUUAUCCAUACCUCCGAUACACUACCGAUGGGAUCUGGUCGUUAUUUACGUAUUGUUCAAAUUCCUGCAAGGAGGAGGCACCGGAGGGAUGGGACUCCUGAACAAUUUGCGAUCAUUCUUAUGGAUAAAAGUACAGCAAUACACUACGCGAGAGCUGCAGCUAGAGCUGUUUAGACAUCUCCAUGAUUUACCUCUCAAAUGGCAUCUAUCACGGAAGACCGGUGAGGUCCUUAGAGUGAUGGACCGGGGUACAGACUCCAUUGACAAUCUCCUAUCGUAUAUACUGUUCUCAAUCACACCAACACUAGUGGACAUUGUGGUGGCAGUCGUUUACUUUGUGUCACAGUUCAACGCCUGGUUCGGAUUAAUCGUUUUCUCCACUAUGGUGUUAUAUAUUGUUGCGACAAUAAUGGUAACGGAAUGGCGUACGAAGUUCCAGCGUCGUAUGAACCUCGCGGACAAUGAACAGAAGGCGCGCUCUGUUGAUUCGUUGCUGAACUACGAAACGGUCAAAUAUUAUGGGGCUGAGGGCUACGAAGUAGUCUCAUAUAGAGAGGCUAUUGUUAAUUAUCAAAAAGAAGAAUUUAAAUCGUUACUAACACUCAACAUGCUAAACACAAUACAAAAUAUUAUAAUCUGUGGAGGGCUCUUGGCGGGGUCAUUACUGGCUGUGUCUAAGGUUGUAAAUACACAAGAUCUAACCAUUGGUGAUUAUGUACUUUUCGCAUCUUAUAUCAUACAGCUCUAUGUGCCAUUGAAUUGGUUCGGCACAUAUUACAGAGCGAUCCAGAAGAACUUCGUGGACAUGGAAAACAUGUUCGACCUGAUGCGCGUAGACUCGGACGUGCGCGACGCGCCAGGCGCGCCCGAUUUAGCCGUGCGACAUGGCGGCAUCGAGUUCAAGCACGUCUCCUUCGGCUACGGGCCCGAGAGGCUCGUGCUUAACAACGUUAGCUUCAGAGUCGCGCCUGGCUCUACUGUCGCGCUGGUGGGGCCCAGCGGUGCAGGCAAGUCAACGGUGAUGCGACUGCUGUUCCGGUUCUACGACGUGAACGAAGGCGCCGUGCUGGUGGACGGGCAGGACGUGCGCACUGUGACGCAGGCCUCGCUGCGCGCCAACAUCGGCGUUGUGCCGCAGGACACCGUGCUCUUCAACAACACCGUGCGGUAUAACAUACAGUACGGGCGCCUGGAUGCACCAAUCGCUGACGUUAUAUCAGCUGCUAAAAAUGCGGAUAUACAUGACCGUAUCUUGACGUUCCCAGAUGCGUAUGAUACGCAGGUGGGAGAAAGAGGUCUUCGUCUCAGUGGCGGUGAAAAGCAAAGAAUAGCGAUUGCGCGGACUUUGCUCAAGGACCCUGCGAUAGUGCUAUUAGAUGAAGCCACAUCCGCCUUAGACACAAACACGGAAAGAAAUAUUCAGGCGGCGUUAGCUCGCGUGUGUGCGAAUAGGACUACACUUAUUAUAGCACACAGGCUCUCCACGAUCAUUCAUGCAGAUGAAAUUCUUGUCCUCAAGGAAGGUGAAAUAAUCGAGAGAGGAAAUCAUGAAGCGCUAUUAGCGCAAAACGGGUUCUACGCUUCAAUGUGGCAGCAACAGUUGGAAAACCGAAAUAGCAUUAACAACACAGAGGGCAACAACAACAACAACAACGACAACGAAACCCGACCAGCAAACCAAAACAACGGCCUAGCAAUGUUCGGCCACGGUCACGGUCACUAAUUUAUACCAGUGUGUGUGUUUUAGGGUUACAAUCCACUUGUAGUAAUUGACCACACCUCAACAGUAAUAAAGGCGUCUUUUAGGUAAUUUCAUAUCUGAAUGUAACAUAGUAUAGGUACAAGGAGCAACAUAUUUUGCUCUUAAUUUAAAUGCAUUAAAGUUAUGUGAUUAUAGUUGAUAAUAGAGGAUUUGUAAUGCUAAAACGCCGCUGAUACAAGUGAGUUGCAACCUUAAAAGUUAGAGGUGCUACUUGAUAAGUAAUUUUUCGUAAACGUGGAUCAAAAAACAUACGAUAGUGUAACCGGUUCGAAUUUUAUUCACAAGGGAGUACCAUUAGUUUGUAAACGACAUGACUGAUCGGUUCUAAGUAGCGCUUUGUAACUAUAUUGUAUGUGACAAGUUUAGACACACAUGUAAAUACACGGCACAACAUGGAAUAAACUGAAUGUAUACAUAAGUUGACAUGGUGAUGAUGUAACUAUAAUGUACCUCGGAGUAUUAAUAAUUAUAUUGUGAUGGGAAAUUUUAUGUGCAAUUCAGUGUUAAUAAAUGAAGUUUUUAUUU